AUGCCCAAAGAACGCAACAUCAACCCAGUCGCAGCCCAGCACAAAGCAGACAAAAAACAAGCCCUCAAAAAGUCAAAAGCAAACGUCCAAGCGCAAAGAAAUGAAAAACUGGCUCGCCGUAACCCAGAACGUCUUCAACGACAAAUAGACGACCUCAAGUCCUUGGCCACGACCCAGCAGCUACGACCAAAAGAUCAAGCCACCCUAGAACAACUCGAGAAAGACUUGCGCGCCGUGAGAAAAGCAAGGGAUAUUUUGGGCGACAAGGCACCUGGAUUCAGACCGAGGAGAGAAGACCGGGAAGGAGGUCAAGGACAAGAGGGCAGAAAGAGAAGGAGACAAGAUGAAGAUGGAGACGAGACAGACGAGGAUGUAAGGAAGAUUCCUAUGCCGAGGGAUACACCGCCGCCCAUUCCACGCAGAAACCAACCACAUCAAUUGCCAAACAAACCUGCUGCUGCGACACCAAUAGUAGCGCAAACGACAUACAGCUCUGCGCCUGUACUGCGCAACCUCAAGGAAGAGGCCAAAAGGUUCGUACCUGCUGCUGUGGCGCAAAAUAUUGCAAGACAAAAGGGUCAAGGUGGACGAUUGCUGGAGCCUGAAGAAGCGGAUAAGCUCGAGAAGGCCGGCUAUAACGACGCGCGCAAAAUUGCGGACGAGAUGGAGAAGGAGGCUGAGUUUGAGAUGAUGACUCGACAGGAGAACGCAGGACAAGCAGCUGAGAAGGCUUUGAGACAAGUCGAGAUUGAAGAGGUUGAGGACGAAGGCAUCUGA